CGUAAUGACGUCGGAACAUAUUCCGGACACCGUCGAAUCAAAUAAUUGCGCGGGGAAGCUGUUGGGUCUUACAGAUUAUACGAGAGAUUUGACUGCCUUUACACGGCUUCCGUCGGAGAAAAAUGUCUAAACGUCAGGCAUUUUUAGACUCCGUCUGCAAAGAAAAUGUUGGGGAAUUUCUUAAUUUCACUAAACUCCAUAAGGACACAGCUGAGCCUUUUGACCUGGAAGAAGUCCUGCAGGAGCUUCCGAAUGGCCUGAGAGAGGCACUGUGGGCCAAACUAGUCACCCUUCUUUGUGACCAGUUGGCAGCCGUCCCACCGGAAUGCUGGGACGCUGGCUUAGAGGAGGAGAAUGACAUGGAGGUGGAGGUGUCCCCCAGCCUGACACACACCAUGUCUAUCUUAGAGGGAGUGACUCUUGUGGUCACAGCUUCCGUGCAGGUCAUUGAGGAUGGCGACACCUACAACGCCCUCUUGGAAUGUGCCAACAUAUUAAACGGUGUCCUGCCCUCCCUUCCUGCCUCCGAGAUGCCCCUGCGACAGGCUGUCUAUGGCCUGUGUGAGGCCUGGUGGAAGAAAAGCCUCCUGGGCAAAGAGGACUUGGGCCGCACAGCUUUCCUCGUAUGCCUGGAGAAGACCCUGAUAUUGAAGAAACCAGGGCCCGAGAUCCAAAGGCUGUGGUCUUUUCAUGAGGUGCUGCUCACUGUGGACUUUGCGUCGGAGGACAACAAGGAGCUAAUCAACAUGCUGCUGCAGUGCUUCCUAAGCGUCAGUCACAUCAGAAAUGAGGAGGGGAAACGUCUCAUGGUGUUCCUGUUUAGCUGGAAUGUGGACUUCAUCCGAAUGAUCCAUGGAACCAUCAAAAACCAGCUGCCCUACUUUGCAAAUUUCCUCAUUGACCACAUAGCUGAGAUUUACUUCCGGGCCUGGAAGAAGGCCUCUGGGGACUUCCUGGAGCACAUCGAGAGUGCUUGUAUCCAGGACUUCAUGCAGCACGCUCUGCUUCUGCACCGGACAUCGCCGGUCCUUGCUAAAGUCCGACAGAUUCUGAGCUACUUUCACAGACGGAAGGCCCGCCAAGGGUUGGAGGAGAUGCUCCACCGACUUUACAAGCCCAUCCUCUGGAAAGCACUGAGUGCUGCCAACUCUGAGGUCCGGGCCAAUGCCACUCUGCUCUUCACGGAGGCUUUCCCCGUCCACGACCCGAGCCAGAGCAGUGAGAAGAUGGACGAGACCAUUCAGAAACAGCUCAACGCCCUGGUUUGCCUCCUGGAGGACCCUCAACCUCUGGUGCGUUCCACAGCCACUCUGGGGGUCUGUAAGAUCCUGGCCAAAUGCUGGGAGGUCAUCCCCCCCUCUGUCAUCACCGACUUCCUAAAGAAGCUGGUCCUGGAGCUGUCCAACGACAUCAGCUCUCCUGACGUUCGCUGCGCCGUCUUCAAGUGUUUGGCCAUCGUGCUGGACAACGGCUUCAGCCACGCGUUGUUGGAGCAGCUUCUUCCAGUUCUAAAGAACAGCCUCCACGACACGUCGGAGAAAGUGCGCGUUGCCUUCCUCGACAUGCUGCUCAAGAUCAAAGCAGUGCGAGCCGCCAAGUUCUGGAAGGUAUCCUCCAUGGAACACCUGCUUGCCCGUCUGGCAGUGGACUCGCAGCCCGUCUCCAAGCGAAUCACCAACCUCCUCUUCAGUUCCUUCUUCCCCGUCAACCAAUCGGAGCAAGUGUGGUGCGAACGCUGCGUCACUCUGAUUCAGAUGAACCCCAAGGCGGCCCGGAAGUUCUACCAGUUCGCCCACUUCUACACCGCCCCCACUAACAUAGUCAAGCUGAUGCUGUCAAUCCGCCGGUGUCUGAACGCCUGCAUCCAGACUGACAACAUGAAUGAGACCAACUCCAGCAACAAGGAGAAUGCCACUAUUCUGGAUGAUGUGCUUUCGGUCAAGGACACGAUGACAAUGUCCAGUCUCCUGGAGGUGGUGGUGAUCUUGUGGAGAAGCAUCCAGAAAGCCCUGGAGCACAACAAGGACGCCCUCCAGUACACCACUGCCAAGUUCAGCUCUGUCGUGCCCAAAUACUUCAACGUGUUCCAGGAGGAGCGUUGUACUGUUCCCCUCAUCCAGCUGGCCUCCCUGCUGCCCUCCACCUCCGUCCCAACGUUCAGCUGUGGGGUUUUGUCCCGGCUGAGGAAGCUGGAGGCGGGGGCCAAGCCGUCCCAGUACAGUCAGAUGAUGGAGUGCAUGUGUAGCUGGGGCCAGGCCGGCCACCUCCUGGAGCUCAUCGCAGACUGGCUCGCCGAGGCCUUGCCCACCUCCGCGGGCAAAGGGAACAGUCGUCGGAAAGUACGAGUUCAGGAGGAGCAGGAGGCCAAGCCAGACCUGGGGCUUGAUUAUCUGGAGUACCUCAUCAGCCGUACCUCUACACGGGACUGCGUCUUGCCCUUGUGGCAGGGUCAGCUCAAACAGCUGUACAAAGUCCUUGGGUCCUGGAAGUCCGUGCUCUACUGCCAUCUGAACUCCUCUGAGGCCCAGGCCGCCGUUCCCGGAGCGGAAAUGGCUCUGCGGGCGUUCACCCUACACGCCCGUCUCAGUGUCCACCUCCAACACAAAUUUUCAGAGGACCGGGAUUUCCUGGUGUCGCUGGAGAACAUCGCAGCGUGGGUGGCAGAGAGGGUGCUGCCCUUCCUGGUCAGUCCCAGCGAGGGUGGGGUCACCCAGAAACAGCAGGACCUGGCCAGGCUGGUGGUGGAGAAUCUACUGACAGUCUGCAGAGAUGUGAUCCGGGUGGGUCUUGGAGACCAAGAGUUCACGGGGCAAGUUCUUCAUCUGUGCUCCGUUGUACUCGUCUCUGAGAAGGGCUACCUGUGUGUGCCCCUGCUACUCUCCAUGUUGAUGGAAGUGGCAGGGAACUACGUGCCUGAGAACAGGGCCCCGAACGAUCGGCAGUCCAUCAUCCUUGGUGUGGUCACCAACAUCUUCCAGAAGAUCCUGGAGGUCAUGGCUCGCCGCCUGCGUAAGGCUCCCGAGGAGGGCCAGGAGCUGUGGCACCUAGCGGUUCCCUGUCUAGGUGACUUCUUUCAGGUGGUGCAGGCUUGGACGGGCAUCGACUCCAACCCCUUAAACGGGGUGUUUUCAACUGUCUGCGCCGCCAUUCUUGCAGCGACCCAACACUCCCUACAGAAAAUUUCACAUCCGCAGGAGGUCACAACACCUGAGACAGUCCAGGAUUUGCCACCUCUUGCCAGCAUCUUGCUGGAUGUUCUGCUCAAAUCACCUUCUGCCACCAGGGCAUUCUUGGUGGAGAUCCACUCAACUGUCGACUCAGAGGUCAUUGACAGUCUCAUUGGAUUAGCUGCUGUUCUUCACAUUCUGGGAGUUUUCAGACAGACUGGGAAGUUUAAGGCAGAUGUGAAGCGUACAGCCGUUUCCAUCCAAAGGCAGCUUCAGAAGCAUCACGCUGUCACGGCUGCGGAAGAAGGACACAUCCAGAGGGUGAUCUAUGAAUCCGCAACCAGCACUUUGAAUGAGAUUCUGAUGCCAUGCGUUUGAGGCGGGAAAAGCAGGAGAACAAACACAAGCUCAUAUUAGACGUUCUUGAAUUGUUUUUGUUGGCAGUGCAAGCUGCUUUUGUAGUCUUGUGUGUUUUUUGAAGCUUUUCUAUUCUGUGUGAUCGCUCACGAUGUAUGCUAUGGGCGAUGCAUUUUGCCACUGUACAUUGUAUGUUGCAUAAACCGAACUUGGUGGAAAAUUGUA